AUGUAUAGAUGUGACAAGUGCGAUUAUAAAACCGAGCAUAACUGGUAUCUAACACGACAUCGGCUUAGACACAGAGACAUCCCCGAAGAGCAGAUGCUGAAAUGUGAUUUGUGCGAUUACAAAACUAUUUUUAAGUCUUACAUCGACCGACACCAGCUGAGGCACAAAAUCAUCAAAGAGUUGAAGUGUGACCUUUGCGAUUAUAAAACCGUUCAUAAGAAACUUCUUACACGACAUCAGAACCGGCACGAAGGCGUCCCGGCGGGGAAGAUCUAUAAAUGUGAUACUUGCGAGUACAAAGCCUAUAAAGAGGAACGUCUUACACUUCAUAAACUGAAACACAUAGGAAUCCAAGAAGAGCAGUUUAAAUGCCCUUCGUGUGAUUAUAAAACCAAUCGUAAGACUUACCUUAGACGACAUCAGCUGAAGCAUAUAAUCGUCCCAGAAGAGCAUAUGGCGAAGUGCGACUUUUGUGAUUAUAAAACCCCUCAAAGGAGAUUCCUUAUUAGUCAUAUGCGGCGGCACAAAGACUUCCCGGUGAAGAAGAUACACAGAUGUGAUACGUGCGAUUAUAAAACUGUGCGUAAGAACCAACUUACGCAACAUCUGUUUAGACACAAAGGCGUUCCGGAAGAGCAGAUGUUCAAAUGCGAUUCGUGCAGUUAUAGAACCGUUCAUCAGCAAUACCUGAAACGACAUCAGCGCCAGCACGCAGACGCUUAUAAAUGCGACUCGUGCGAUUUUAAAACCUGGUACAAAUAUUAUCUUGUACGACAUCAGAAGGUGAAACACACGGACAUCUCCGAAGAGCAGAUGCUGAGAUGCGAUCUCUGCGAUUACAAAACAGGUCAUAGGUUUUACCUCAAAACCCAUCAUCAAUUAAAACACACCCCUAUAGAAAAGAAGUACAAAUGCGACUCGUGCGAUUUUAAAACCAUUUAUAAGAAAAGUCUUAUGUUUCAUCAGUGGAGACACAAAAACAUCCCCGAAGAUCAGAUGUUCAAAUGCCAUUUGUGCAAUUUUGAAACUAUUUACAAGAACAGUCUUGCAGGCCAUCAGCUCAGACACGAAAGUAUCCCCGAGGGGCAGAUGUAUAAAUGUGAUUCGUGCGAUUAUAAAUCCAUUUUCAAGCGCUACGUUACACAACAUCAACGAAUACACAAAAGCAUUCCUAAAAAUGUUAAAUUUGAAUGUGAUUCGUGCGACUAUAAAUCGGCUUAUAAGAAAAAUCUUACGCAACAUCAACUGAAACACAAAGACAUCCCCGAAGAACGGAUGUUCAAAUGUAGUUUGUGCAAUUACAAAACCAGGCGAAGGGGUAAUCUUACAAAACAUCAGUUAAAACACAAACUUCUCUGCAAAGAGCAGAUGUUGAAAUGUUAUUUGUGCAAUUACAAAACCGAUUGUAAGCAACACCUUGAAGAGCAUCAACUGACACACAAAGACAUCUCCGAUGAGAAGGGGCAUAAAUGUGAUUCAAGCGAUUUUAAAACCGAUUGUAAGCAACAUCUUGCACAGCAUCAACUGACACACAAAGACAUAUCCAAGGAGGAGGGGCAUAAAUGUGACUCGUGUGAUUUUAAAACCGAUUGUAAGCAACUUCUUGCACAGCAUCAACUGACACACAAAGACAUCUCCAAGGAGAAGGGGCAUAAAUGUGAUUGGUGCGAUUUUAAAACCGAUUCCCUGUCUUACACGACAUCAACUGAGACACAAGACAUCUCGGUAGGACAGACGUACAAAUGCGAUUCUUGUGAUUAUAAAACUGCGUACAAGCACCUUCUCGUGCAACAUCUACAAACACACAAAGACAUCCCCGAAGAGGCCGAUGCUGAAAAGCUAUUUCCGCAACUAUAG